GCCUCGAUCGGUUGUGCUUCGCUCCACGCGCAUAGUGAGAGAUUUUUUCGGCUGUAUUUGUUGGCGUUGUGCUCUUUCUUUAAGGCGCGUGCUGUAGAGCCAGCGAAACGGUUUACCGCGCUUUGUGAAUGUAAGAGUGGGACAACUUCGGCGGGCCCCCGAAGAAUUUACCGUGGUAUUUGCCAUACUAAUGUUGGAAAACUUAAUGAAGUGAAAAAAUUUGUGUUGUCAAUGCUGUAGCUGUUGUCGUUGCCGAGUGGAAACAGACAGCAGGAGCACAAAGGCGCCGUCAAAGCUUUGAUUUGUGGUUGCACUCUACGAGUACAAGCUGACUUUGACCCUUUCGGCUCCAAAGUGAAAAUUGCACAGCAACCGCAGCAACCGAGGAAAGCAGCAGCUGUGACGCUGACUGGUGUCAAAAGAGAAGACCCGGCUAACCUCCUGGGGAUCGCGGCUCGGAUUAGUGGCACACUUACCCACAAUCACCGCAGUACAAAUACAUCGAGACAUACACACGAAGACUUACACCGAACACCAACAAACGGAGCCCGGAGUUGUUCAACUGCCUUUGCCCAUGGAUCCGACUCCCAACAUGCUGUAAGCAGUCCCACCGCUCUCGCAUCGCUUCUGUAUCUGCAUCUGCAUCUCAGGCUUUGCCUUCGCAUCGGCAUCUGCAUCUGCAUCUGUACAAACCACAUUCCAUUAACCCAUAAGCCUCGAUCACAGAGAGAGUAACUGACAGUACGCACCCUACUACGGACAGGAAACAGCUCCUGCUAAAGAACCACCAGGAAGCUGUCCUGCAGUCGCACCUGCCUCUCAAGUCUCCGGCCUUGUCUCUCUCUGCCGGUCCAAUGGCAGACAGCAGGGAACGCAUUCGUGGCCCCUCGCGGGAUGGACGCGAGUUCCUCACUAGCCCGAGGCAGGUUCUACGCCGCCUGAUGCUUCUUUCCGAGGGAAGACAGUACCGCGAAGCCGCAGGAGUCGUCGGAAGGUUGGGUCCCUCUGUCCUACGCUCGGUAAUUGCCGAGCUGCCGCUCGACCUGCUGCUGGAGCAUCUGCCACAUAGUGCCUACUUGCUGGAGUCCUUCUUCACAAGGAUGACCACCCUAAACACAACUCCCAAGCCGGAUGUUCCUAGCGAGACCGUGGCUUGGCAGCUGGUCCGGCUCUUUGCAAAUCCCCACGAGUCCGGACUGCGACAGAGAUGCACCAAGCUGCUCCAGGCUCUGGCGCAAUACGAGCCCAAUCUCCAACAAAGCUUGCACGAGCGGCGCCGCAACUUCGACAACGCUGUGCAGGGAUUGGGGGUGCACGGGCUGACCACGGAUGCCUCGGGGCAGCUCAUCUCGCUGCACGUGGCUUUGAAGACAGAGCUGCAGCGACACGUGGACACCUAUAAGAUGGCUAUACACAAGCUGGAGGAACUGAGCAUGGUGACGAUCAACCAGGAUCCGGCCCAUUCCUCCCACCAGCGCCUCCUGGCCAUCAACUACGGAGACAUCCAGCAGCGGCUGAUAGACAACAAAACGCUGCUGACCAUGUUGGACAAACCCACGCUAAAGCAACUCCAAACCCUCGUCGAGAAUCUCAGCACCCGCGUAGAGAACGACAAGGAAGUCCUCUCCUGCGUGGGACAGGUGAAGCGCCUAGACGCGCAGGCCCACGUGGAGAAGCGCCCAGCCGCCGGUCUCCUGAUGAACUUCUCGCGCGGAUGUGAGGUCGUCCUGCACAUGAUGGGGCCGGAGAGCGUUCCACCAAGUCCCCUGGCCAUAGCAAAGGUCCCCGUGACUGCCGGUGGGAGCAGCUGUAGCGAUGGCUACCACUCGGACGACUCCGCCAGCGAUGACGGCAGUGAAAUGGUGUCGCUCUAUCGAAAUCAGUACAUAGAGAACCGAGCAGAUGCCCUAGAGGCGUUGGACAGUCUUCCCCAGCUAAAGCACGCGCACAGUCUAAAGGGAAAGAUACUCUUCUCCAUGAUCGUGCUUUCUUUCCGCCUUUGCCACGCGAUGCGGGAGCGUAAAGUGAUGGAGGUGCGCCGGGUCCUUAACUGCGCACUAGACAGCAGCAGCGAAUCGACCUUGGCCCUGGAUCGGGCUGUGCGCCACCAUCUGCACGAGACCACAGACAGUUUUCCCCUAGGCGAGAUUGAGCGGUCCGUCUUCAACCAGGUUUUAUCCACACUUCACGAGUACCCAUGCCUGGAAUCGUGUCCCCCACUCACUCAUUAUGUGAGCGCCUGUGUACGGCUGGCUUGGCGCAUGAUCAACCAGAAGGCUCCCUAUUAUCUGGACAUGGACUUCAAUCUGGGCUUCCUCCGGCCCGAGAAGCACGAACGUCAUCCGAAAUCUGACCGACGCUCGGACCUUAUUAAGGCCUUCCUUUGGCCGGCCCUGAUGCAGAAUAACCAGUGCGCCUUCAAGGCAGUAGUGGCCACCUGAGGUCCGGGACGGAACAAACCAUACCCAACUUAUCUUAAGAUACUUUUACACAAUUUGUACAUAUUUCAACUCUUACUUAAAAUAGAGUAACUCUAUCUAAGCAUA